AUGCGGGGCCGCACGCUGACGCUGUUGGCCCGCGAUGCGCUGAACGCGGGCAGCUCCAUGACCUUGGGCAGCAAGGGCAUGCGCCCCUCUCCAGAGGCACAUCGGCGACGAAUGCCGUGGACGGCGGCGAAGGAGUACGUGCCGGGCGUCGUCUUGAACAGCAAGGAAAAGCUCGUCUUGGAUGGGACGCAGCUGGUGGAGCUCGACCACAUCGAUCGCGCCUCGCAGGUGGACCCGCUUGAGGUACUGAAGGCCGCCGUGGCAACACGCGCCUACAACACGUCUACCGGCUUCAACAUCUUCCAGCUCGCCUCGCAGACGCGCUUCCACGGCCGUGGCCAGAAAUUCUUUCGCGAGGAGUGGCGGCAGGGCACUUAUGAGAAGUACGUUACUUUAGCCGCCAUCGAUUUUGAUCGAGAGGGCAGCAAAGGCACGGCGUACGGCUACAUCACAUUCCAUGGUGAGUCCACCACCCGACCUGUUGAGAUCAACUACGCCGACACACCUGGCUGGCAGAUGGAGUACGACGAAGCCGCCGCUGUCCCGUUUGACGCCGCCGUGCCACCGCCGCCGAGCAUCGGCACGGAAGUCCCGGUAGAUCCCUCCACGUACAGGCUGAAGGCAUACCCCUUUUACGAUGCGCCAAACCCGCCGGCGUUUGUAGAGCGGCUGCUCAAGGAUCGUGGCGUGCUGCCAGACCUGCCAAUGGACGCCUCGGCACCCGCAGAAAACGCGGCGGCCGCCUCCGCAGACGGCGCACUCGUGGACGGCUCGCAUCACUACGAGUCGAAAGGCAGCGUUUAA